AUAUUUUUUGCACACACACGUGUGCAGUCAGACUUGAAUUACAUCGAAUAGUCAUCUUUAUUCCUGAUAUGUAUGUGCAUUACAUACGCACAAAGAUGGACCAGCUGAAAAAAGUCACAGGCGAAGGAGUCCAGCGUAGUUACGUGUUUUGAAAUAAUAGAUAUUUAAAAUCAGACGUUUGUUGGAAAAGAUGGGAGACUUUAUUUUCGUAAAAGCAGGAUUGUAUAUUUUUAUUAUAUCAAGUCUGUACAAGAGCGGAAAAGCACAGGAUCUAUCAGCACUAGAAGCUCUUUUAUCGCCUCAACCGACAUUUCAAACCGGACCAGCCACUGACAAUUAUCCGUUGUCUACUGAACCCGAACAAGAUAAUCCAGCUCCGGAAGAAAGAAUAUUAGAGGAAAAUGGUAACGGAGGACAAGAACCAAAAUGGAGCAAAUGGAGUGAUUGGAGCACUUGUUCGAGCACUAUAAUGUCAGGAUUCCAGGUUCGGAGUCGCGUUUGUCCAACACAUGGCAACUGCAUAGGAGAUGAUGUACAAUUACGAAAAUGUAACGCAAUCGAUUCCGAAAUUCAAACCUUAAGAUACAGAUACAAGUAUUCUAAGAAGUACGUUGAGAAAUGCAAAAAGAAGAAAGAAACAGAUAAAAGUCUUUCAUGUAAACUUUAUCUGGAAAAUCCUGACCUAGCAUAUGAUAUUUUUCGACAAAACAGUUGCUUUUUCACUGUCAACAACGGCCAAGAAGACGGAUUAUUUUCUGUCGACAAUGGCACCACAGUACCGAUACCAGACGAAGAUAACACUACAAGGUCCGGUGACUCACAAAACGAGGAAAUUAAGAAAAACGAAAAUGCAAUGUUUUCUAUUAGCUCCGGAGGUAGUAUGAGUGUCCGGAGUGAUAAGUUUCUUGACUCAACUCCGGCUGAUGGGAGAAGUAAAGAGGAAGACGAUGAUGAAGAUAGAAAUGGUAACAACAGCGCAUACUCAAUUAACGUUCUACGAGCAUUGAUUAAAGAACGACAGUGUGAAGAACAUUGUGAAAACACAUUGAAUCAGGCCACAAGACUAUGGGCUCUGGGUACGAGAAGAUCCCGUUCUGCAGACAGCACGAUCGCCCUUCUAAAGAGAAACGGAAGACUUACCACAGGAAUUGGAGUUAUGUUUUUUGAAUACAACACUUGUAUAAAUAAUUGCCACUCUCUCGGCAUUACAUUCUCUAUGUUAUCUGGAAGAAACAGGAGUCGUGCUCGAGUUGAUUCAACUACACAAGUCAAGACAAUAUUAAAAUCGUUACAAAAUGGUUCUGGACGAAAGAGACGAGAAAAUAAAGCGGAAGAUGCAUCAUCACAAAAUGAAGUUGAAUCUCUGUGUGGAAACAACUCGCCACUUUGUGCUACACAGCGUAACAGCCGAAGCAUAGAAAAUGAGGAAAUUAGGCGAAAACGGCGACAAAUCACAGACGAAUAUCAAUCCCCUUGUUUUUCGUCCGAAAAUCAAGUACCAGUGCGAGAAAUAGAAGAAAAAGCACAAGCUGAACUGUUUUUCUUUGAGUCAUAUGUACAGAGAUUUGAUUGUCGCAAAUGUCGAGGAAUGAAACGAAGGAACACGGAUUUGUUUUUACCGAAAGAACAAGUGAUGCAACAAAAAAAUAAUCAACCAGCGUAUUGUAGGCAAGGAUUCUUGAAAAGGCAUGCCUUAUUCAUCGUCGAAAAGCCUAACGGACGAUACACAUUUAACACCGGUGAGAAAUUUUCAAUCGAAUCAAGAACGUUUGAAGUUGAAUCACAUUGUGAAAUUGUCGUUCGCAAGUGAAAUGAAGUUAUCAUCAGCAGGACAAUGAAUAACAGCACCCAUUUACCAAAUGGAGCAACGAAAUAACUGGAAAGAGUUUGCCAGGAUAUGACCAAACCUGGCUAAAACUCUUUGUAUGAUAAGAAAUCAACCGAGUAGUGCAACGAAUCGUGAAACGUGAUUGUCGGCAACUUUGGGGAUUGUUUAAUGGUUUGAACAGUGUUAAUUUUAUAUGUGCUGCAGUAAUAAAAUCAUUCUAUUUUGAAAGGU